GGGUCCCACCUGCCAUACCUAAACCGUGUCACUCAGACACGCACGGACACGGGCACCACUCGGCGAAAACCCUAAACCCCCAAUGAUGCGACGCCUCUCCCCGCCGCCGUUGACGAACGCCACCGCCCUCCGGCUCUCCAGUUCCUCGGCGGCGGCGGUGGUUCCUUUGCCGGCAUUCCUGAAUCCCCCGCAGCCCGAUCCCUCCGACAUCCGGGCGCACAACGCCGUCCUCAUCGCGCUCUCCAGGGACGGGCGGGGCCCGCGCCUCGGGCGCCUCCUCGCUGCCUUCGCCACCAUGCUCAAGCGCGGCGCGCCGCCCGAUCGGUGCACCUACAACACGCUUAUCAACGCGCACUGCAAGGCCGCGCUCGUCGCGGACGCGGCGGCCGCGCUGGCGCGGAUGCGCGAGGCCGGGGUCGCGCCGGACACCUUCACCUGCAACUCCCUCAUGCUCGGUCUCUGCAGGGCAGGCGUCGCCGUCGCCGCCGCGUGCGGGGUGUUCGUGCAGAUGCCGCGGCGGUGGGGCGCUACCCACGACGCCUUCUCCUACACCAUCCUGAUCCAGGGGCUCUGCGCCGAGGGGCGCGUGGACGACGCGCGCAGGGUGUUCGACAGAAUGUUGAGGAGCUGGUGCAGGCCAGGUGUGCACACGUACACCGUGCUGGUUGAUGGGCUGUGCAAGGAUGGGCGUGUUGGGGAUGCUGAGGCGCUGGUGGGUUGUAUGGCGCGGAAGGGUCUGGUGCCGAGUGUGGUGACCUACAAUGCGUUGAUUGGCGGGUUCUGUCGGGAGGGGAGGUUUGAUGAUGUGUUUAGGUUGCUGAAGAAAAUGGAAGUGGAGGGUCCUGCGCCGGAUUGUUGGACUUACACUCAGGUUAUUGAUGGCCUGUGCAAGCGUGGUGAGGUGGACCGGGCUGCUGAGGUGUUGCACGAAGCGCUUGGGAAGAGCUUGGCAGCAGGAGUUGGCACUUACAAUGCAUUGAUCGACGGGUACUGCAAAUGUGGUGAUGUGAGCGCUGCUCUUGAUGUUAUGCGGUUGAUGGAGAGGAAUGGGAUCAAGUCAGAUGUCCAGACUUUUAAUGAAGUGAUCAAUGGGUUCUGUUGCAUUGGCAAGGUUCACAGGGCGAUGGCCCUCUUCACCCAAAUGAUUGGGGCUGGUUUGUCACCGAAUAUUGUAACAUUCAAUUCGCUGAUCUCUGGUCAGUGCAGCGCGGGUGAGGUGAAGAAUGGUUUUCAGUUGCUUGACUUGAUGGAGGAAUAUGGUGUUCAUCCAGAUCGACAAACUUAUGCUAUCUUUAUAGAUGCUCUUUGUGACGAUGGUAGAGUGGAGGAUGCUAAUUCUCUGCUUUCUUCUCUCUCUGUAAAAGGCGUCAGAGCACAUACUGUCAUAUACAAUUCUCUGAUUCGUGGAUAUUGCAAAGUAGGAAAUAUUGAUGCUGCUUUUGCACUGGUGGAUAAGAUGAUUUCAGAGGAUUGUUUUCCUGAUGUUUACACCUACAAUGCCCUUAUUGAUGGUCUAUGCAAACAUGAAAGAUUGGGUGAGGCCAUAGAAUUGCUGGAUAAGAUGAAGAAACAGGGUGUAGAACCAACAACCUGUACGUUUAAUAUUCUCAUUGAGCGGCUGCUUUGUCAGAAGAAACCCGUGGAUGCUGCCAAGAUGUACGAGGAAAUGAUCGCUUCAGGUUGCGAGGCUGACAAAUGGACAUACACACUGAAAAUCAGCACAAACUAUUUUGAAGGAGCAAGUAAGGAAGAUCAAGGCAUAGCAACUACUAAAAUGCAUGAAGCAGGGGUUUCUCCAGAUGUGGUCACAUAUAACGCUCUCAUAAAGGCGUACAGUGAUUCUGGCCUGAUGAAGAAGGCCUUCACUGCACAUGCUGAGAUGCUUGGUGUUCCGCUUGAUCCAGAUUGUGUAACAUAUUCUGUCUUGCUAAAGCAUAUUUGUAUCAAGGAUGACAGUGAGGCAGUUGAUGAUGACAAAAUAUGGAAGACAGUAGAUGUGAGUAGUUUGCAGGAGCUUUUUGAACAGAUGUGUAAAUAUGAUCCCAACCCUGGUUUCAGCACAUACAAGGCUAUACUGAAGGGAUUAUGUAACCAUUGCCGACCAAAGGAGGUGGAAUGGCUGUUACAGAAAAUGAAAGAAAGCAGUAUUGUUCUGGAUGAAGAUAUGUCUGAUUAUCUACUAAAUUGUUAUUGCAACUUAAAAAUGUACAGCGAUGCAUGUAAAAUUUUUGGAAUCAUGACCCAUUGCAACCAUCAGCCACACCUAAAUUCCUGCUGCCUUCUUCUUUCUGGCCUUUGUGAUAGUGGAGACCAUGGGAUGGCUUUAUCCAUUUUCACUGACAUACUUGGCAGAGGGUACAACUAUGAUGAGAUUGUGUGGAAACUCUUAGAUUGUCUACAUGAGAAGGGCCAUGCUGGUACAUGCUUGGAAAUGCUGUCCAUAAUGAAGGACAGAAAAUGUUUUACCAGCGCUAGGACAUAUGCCUCUUUAGUUAGUAUGGUUGGAGGAAGCUGAAGGAAAACCAAUUGGACUAUUCAUUUCUUUGUGGUCAAAAAUUACUUUGUUCCUUUGGAUGUGCUGCCACAUGGUUAUUUGGAAGAAUAACUAUGAAUAAAAACAACUCUGGGAUUUUUUUCCAGAAGAGAACAUUUUCAAAUAUAAAGUGGUGAAAUAGUGAGAGCAAUCAGACCUUGAGUUGGUCUUGAACUAAUUGGAACCUGGUGCCUGCUGUCCGGGUCAUCAACACCUGAAAGUGAGUUUAAUCAUGUUCUACAUCUACUCUAUUCUGAAUACAGGAUUGAUGUUUCCACGCACAGUCAGUCUGUACUUUUACAUGCAUGGACUUGCACUCAUUGUCUACCUGGAAUCAAGAUUGUGAAGCUUCUGAUAUUUGAUCAUUACAGAUACUGCAGGGUAGAUGGUGUACAAACUGACUGUUUAAUUUCUAAUCUAAAGGGUCUUGCCUUCAAUUAGCAAGUGAAGGCAGAUGCUUCAAGCUCAGGAAAAAAAAAUCCUUACGGAGAUCUGAAUGUGCCACCAAUAGGGAAACACAUGCACUUCAGAAAGCUAUUGUCUGCCAAAUAUCCAGAUCUUCUAGAUAUCUUGUUCAUGUUGGAUUACAUGAGAUGCAUACAAAUUUUGGUGAGAAGGUAUAAUAAUGUUUUGUUGAAGAAGCACACAACUUCAUGGUCAUUGUUGUGAACAUCCACAGCAUCAACGGGAGUUUAGCUCUUGGUGCUUUAUUAUCAAGCUAGAAAAUAAUAUGGCUGUCCUUUUGUACGACACAUAGUUGGCCUUUUUAGUGUUUAAUGUUGAAUAUUUAGGGGUUGGGUUCACUUUCAUGAUUGCUGUCCUAAAGCUAUGAGUAUUAUGAUUUUGGAGCCGCUCUUAUGUUCUCUGAUUAGACUGUACUUAGACUAUUGAACAGUGAAAAUAAAAUGUAUUUCACUAUACUUUUAUAAACUUGGCCAUUUUUUACUUUUAUGCAAAUGCAGAGACACUAAGAGCUGAUGCAGUA